GCCGGCGCGGUUGUUUUUGUUUGUUUAUUUCCCUCCCCCACGAAAAGAUGCCGCGGUCUCCGUCACCCCGGUCGCCGUCGACGCUGUCGUCGCAGAGCAACCAGUCAUGGCGAGACAGGAGCCAGCCCUCCCUGGAGGACCGCAUGGCGCUAACGCGGUCCUGGGUGACGGCGCCUUCCGUCACCUUCUCGCUCCUCCGCGCCGGCGGCCCGGACGAGCGGUCCCCGCGGGGACAGGAGGAGGAAGUCAGCGAGGAGGAGGAAGAGGAGGAGGAGGAGUCCACCGAGUCGGAUCUCGAGCCGGAGCUCAUGGAGGAGGACGUGUUCGACGGUAUGUUGAACGAAGCUACAAUUGCAGAAGCCCUGCACACCUUAGGGCGUUCCGCCUCCGGCAUGGAGCGUGUCUACCUUCACCUGUCACUUUCGGACCGUCUUUUGAGUGACGUCCACGUACUUUCCAAAUACGUUCAUCUCGAAAAGCUCGAUCUUUCCUACAAUAAAAUCAGUGAUCUCUCUUUCAUCAGUUACAUGCCUUACCUGUUAGAAUUGGAUGUCUCCCAUAAUGCACUAACCACCUAUUUUGACUUCAGGCCACCCAAGAACCUCCAGGUGGCUAAUUUUUCCUACAAUGAUAUUCCUGAAAUGAAAGACCUUUCCGAUUAUCAGUCCCUCAAAACGCUCAUACUGGACAGUAUCCUUUUUUAA